AGAUUGGAUUGCUGAAAAUACAUCGAUCAAUAUAUACAUACGUACAUAUAUAGGCGAUAUCCUUUAGAAUGGGUGUUAACUGUGAAAUUCAAUUUGAUGGCAAUCCGUAUGGAACAUAUUUUGCUGGUCAAGUUAUUACGGGCAAGGUUACAUUGAAAUUGGACAAAGUGAAAUUGGUAAAAGCCAUUACCUUGAAUAUAAGUGGCUUUGCAGAGACUAGAUGGCGGGAGAGAACCACCAGACAUGGCAAAAGGGAGCGACAUGCAUUUUAUGGACGUGAGGACUAUAUUGCCUCCAAAAUCUUUCUAGUUGGCUCCAAUUUAAGUACACAAGUCUCGAUUGAGCCAGGAAUUCAUGUCUACAACUUUAGCUGCCAAAUACCUAUGGAGUGUCCAUCAUCAUUUGAGGGCACUUGGGGCCGUGUGCGCUAUAUGACCCAAGUGACGCUGGUUCGACCUUGGAAAUUCGAUCAGAACUAUUCGCGUUGUUUCACGGUGCUUAAGGUCAUGGAUCUAAAUUAUAAUAGUCCUUUACUGAGGGUUGCUGCCCAUAGCGAAGCCCAAAAGACUUAUUGCUGUUGGCCUUGCAGCUCAGAUCCACUUCUAUUGCAAGUUUCAUUGCCAGAGACAGGCUUCGUUCCAGGACAGAGUAUACCUUUAAGUGUUUUAGUCACUAACGAUAGUCACAUUCGUGUGGAAGAGCUUUUGGUGACCUUGGUCAUGUUGGUCACUUAUCAUUCAAAGCCGCCAUCAAGACCAAAUUCCAAAUCUGAGAAAUUUAUAUUAAACACUUUAAAGGGAGAUUCCGUUGUACGGAAUUGUAAGAAACAAUUCUCGUAUGAGUUACGUGUGCCGCCCACACCGCCCACUUGUUUCAACCUCUGCAGUAUUAUACAAAUGGCCUAUCAGAUUGAUGUCGAAGCUAGAGUCAAGGGUUGUCAUGCAAAUGAAUUGGUCAGUGUGCCAGUGACCAUUGGCAGCGUACCCCUAACGCAGACUGUACUCAUUCAACCACGUGGCAUGCAAACACUUAAUGUUCAAUCCUUCAAUGGCGCCGAUGGUGGGGAGAUUACUGCAGCAACUGCACCUCCCGCAGAUGUAGCUGGUCCUUGGGCCAUUAACGAUUCCAUACCUCCACCAAACUAUCAAGAGGCUGUGUAUAUGCGUUCUGCAACUAAAUCGAUUGAUGAAGACGAUCCCUCGCCAUCUCAACCAAACACACUUAAUUUGGAUGGAAGUGCUUAUAAGCCACUGUAUCCAGUUUUCGAUAUUCCCAGUCCCACGGCUCCAGAGAUUUAUAUGGCAGACGGAGGUUUUGUCAAUCCAGCGGCUGAUAUGAAUAAAAAUAAGGGAACUUGGCUAUGAGCGACGAUUGAUAGAUAUAUGAACUAUAAAGAAUAAAUAUAUAAAACAAUUCGAGUUCAACAAAAAA